AUGCAAAUAAUUCUCCCAAUCCUAGGGGCGGGUAUAUUGCUCAUCGUUCACGUUGUUAAUACUUUUCUCGUAAGACCCUUACAGACCUUCCUCAAGAGCCGCCGUCUCGGAUGUGGCUCAGUGUCAUUUGAGCCAAGUCGAUGGCCUCUGGGCAUCGACACCGUACGCCGAAGCCUACAAGCAGACAAAGAGCAAAGAACGCCUGAUUUUAUAGCCUCCCGCUUCGAAGCCAUGGGUCGCCAUACGUGGGGGCUAUCACUGCUGGGGACAUCGAACCUCAUCACAGCCGAUCCACGUAACGUACAAGCACUCCUCGCAACGCAAUUCGAUGACUUUAUUAUGGGCACAGCGAGGAGAACAAACUUGAAGACGGCGCUUGGGCGCAGUAUCUUUGCUGUGGAUGGCAAAGCAUGGCAUCGUGCAAGGGAGACGAUGCGGCCGAUCUUCAAUAGAGAGAAUGUUUCUCGGCUUGAGUUGCUCGAGGAACAUGUACAGACUAUGUUGCGGAUCAUAGAGACGAAAAACGAGGGAUUGACGACUGAUGCUGAGGACCGAGCAUGGUCAGCACCUGUGAGCUUGGCUGUACUGUUACCGCGUUUGACUAUGGAUUCGGCAACUGAAUUGUUCCUCGGACAAAGCACACACUCCCUCAAUACAGUGCUCGUCAAACAGCAGCAGAAUAGCAUCAAUGAUGAACACGAUGAGUACAGUUUCGAUCAUGCUUUCGAGCGCAUGCUCGCAAUCUUAGGGACAAGGAUGCGACUACGAAGCCUAUACUGGCUAUACGGUAACAAAGAACUCGAAAAGUGCAUCAACACACUUCACACUUUCGUGGACAGUGCCAUAGAUGCCGCUGAUCAAGCACGGAAGUCAGGCUCAUCACAACUUCGCUACGACUUUCUCGAAUCACUACGUACGCGUUGUUCUGAUCGUGCCGAGGUACGCGAGCAAGUGUUGGGCUUGUUGGCCGCAGGCAGAGAUACCACAGCGUCACUUACAGCCUGGGUGUUCUACUGCCUAGUAAGAAGCCCAAGAGUGUAUACAAAGCUACGCGAAACUGUUCUUGCAGAAUUCGGCCCUUACUCAACGAAAGUUGGGCAGACGAUAACAUUCGAGAAUCUCAAGGGCUGCACAUACCUACAACAUGUUCUGAACGAAACACUACGGCUACAUUCAGUCGUUCCAUUCAAUUCUCGCUGCGCUGCACGAGAUACGACGCUCCCUGUCGGCGGCGGACCGGAUGGAAGCAUGCCUGUGUUCGUACCCAAGGGUACCGAAGUCAACUUCAGUACGCAUGUGCUGCAUCGACGGAAAGAUCUGUGGGGCGAAGACGCCGACGAUUUUGUGCCUGAGCGAUGGGAAAAGAGGAGGCCAGGAAUGAGUUGGCAAUAUGUUCCUUUCAAUGGUGGACCGCGUAUCUGUAUUGGCCAGCAAUUUGCCCUUACAGAGGCUGGAUAUGUGCUAGUAAGAAUGUUGCAGAGGUAUGAUAUUAUUGAGGGUCUGGAUAUUGACAUGAAGCGCGAUUGGCAUAACUUCACUGUUGUGUGUAGCCCUGGCAGUCCAGUGGCAAAAGAUGCUGCGGUCAUGUGCCGAUUGAGGGUAGCCGUCGAGUGA